GUUUUCAGAGCAGGAGUAACAUGGCGGCACAGUCAGCCAGCAGAAAUGUUUCGCUACCGCGAAGGUCAGAGCCGCUUCCGACGAACGGGAUUUAACGGCGAGGACGCAGCCCAAAAGUUCUGAAUCGGUGAAGUGGACGAUGCUUAAAGGUUUCCCAGCAUUGCUGUCUUGCAGCGAUGCCCUGAGGGACUCUCUGGACUGAAGCCAAGACGCUGAUAUGCAUUGAAGAUGAGUGGAGUCGGUGAAAACCCAUCUGACCCUGCAAGGGCAGAGUCAAGAAAACGCAAAGAAUGUUCCACCGAGCUUUUAGGACCCAGCCCCAAGCGGAGCAAUGAGAAGCGCAACCGCGAACAUGAGAACAAAUACAUUGAGGAGCUCGCCGAGCUGAUCUUUGCCAACUUCAACGACAUCGACAAUUUCAAUGUCAAGCCCGACAAAUGUGCAAUCCUGAAGGAAACUGUGAAGCAGAUCAGACAGAUAAAGGAGCAAGAGAAAGCAGCAGCAGCCAAUGAGGAGGAGGUGCAGAAGGCUGACGUCUCAUCGACAGGCCAAAGUGUGAUUGACAAAGAUGCCUUGGGACCAAUGAUGCUGGAGGCCCUGGAUGGCUUCUUCUUUGUGGUGAACAUGGAGGGCAACAUCGUGUUUGUGUCAGAGAAUGUGACACAGUACCUGCGCUACAACCAGGAGGAGCUGAUGAACACCAGCGUGUACAGCGUGCUGCACGUCGGGGAUCACGCCGAGUUCAUCAAGAACCUGCUGCCCAAAUCUCUAGUAAACGGCGUUCCCUGGUCCAGUGACGGGCCAAGGAGGAACAGCCACACGUUCAACUGCCGAAUGCUGGUCAACCCUCACAGCGAGAACCAGGAGGAGACCCAGGAGCACGAGCCCCAGCCGCAGAAAUACGAGACCAUGCAGUGCUUCGCCGUAUCCGAGCCCAAGUCCAUCAAGGAGGAGGGAGACGAUUUCCAGUCGUGUCUGAUCUGCGUAGCUCGCCGGGUGCCCAUGAAGGAAAGGCCUAUGCUGCCAACGCACGAGAGCUUUACCACGCGCCAGGACCUGCAAGGUAAGAUCACCUCCCUGGACACCAGUCUUCUCCGGGCAUCCAUGAAGCCUGGCUGGGAGGACCUUGUCAGGCGCUGUAUUCAGAGGUUCCACUUGCAGAACGAUGGGGAAAUGUCCUUCGCCAAGAGACACCAGCAGGAAGUGCUGCGCCACGGCCAGGCGUUCAGUCCCAUCUACCGGUUUUCGCUUUCUGACGGCACUAUCGUGUCAGCCCACACCAAGAGCAAACUGGUGCGCUCCCCCGCCACCAACGAACCCCAGCUCUACAUGUCCCUGCACAUUCUCCAGAGAGAGCAGACAGUAUGUGGACUGGGCCAGGACAUGGGCCCAGGCGGCCAGGCCACAGGGAUGGGUCCCAAGCCUAUCAACUCCUCCACCCCCUCCAUGACUCCUCCAACCCCAGGCAGUCUGCCAGGUUCAGGGCCUCAGGGCCAAGACACUACCGUUAGCAGCAACAGCACGCCCUUCUCCCCUCCUGGCCCUGCUGGCCCCAGAGAACCAGCAGCCAUUGGGGGCCACAUACAGGGUUACCGCUUUGGCUGUCCUCCACCACACAGCCACUCUGUAGGUAUGCAACCACCACAGCAGGGCCCCAACUGGAGGAUGAACAGCCCCUCUCGUGGCAGCCCCAGCCCAGCUGGAGGACCCCACCCUCCCCAGCAGAACUCAAUGCUGUCCCCCAGGCACCGUGGCAGUCCUGGUGGGGGAGGCAGCCCUCGAGUAGCAGGAGGCCUUCACUCGCCCUCCCCUGUAGGGAUGUGUGGUGGUGGGCCAGGGGGUGGAGGUAAUAGUGGAGCAGCUAGCAGCCAUGCUAACAGCUACACCAGCAGCUCUCUGUCAGCUCUGCAGGCCCUCAGUGAGUGUCAUGGGGUAGGGCACGGGCAUGGACACCCCCACUCACACACACUGGGGUCCCCUGACAGGAAGAUGGGCUCCCCAGCAGGAGUCACACCGGGAUCAGGGGUUAACCCUCAUCUGAUGUCAAAACUCGGAGGAGGCAGCGGUACCACUGGUGUAGGGGGGGAGUCGUUUGGCCCUCACACAGAGCUGAGUCAGAGUCACAACCAGGGCCAGACAGACACCAGCCUAGUUGAGCCUAAGGAGGAGAGGGAAGGGGCCCAGGAGGGCCAUGACACACACAGCCGCCUCCCCGACAACAAGGGCCAUACCAAAUUGUUGCAGCUGCUCACCACCAAGUCUGAACCUCUCGAGACACCCCUGUCCCCCAACACAGGAGGUGACAGCAAAGAGCAGCCUGGGCCAGGGGGGCGGGGCGGCCAUGCGACAGGAAGCACUCACGCCACCUCCCUCAAAGAGAAACACAAGAUCCUUCACCAACUUCUUCAGAACAGUACCUCUCCUGUUGACCUGGCAAAACUGACAGCUGAGGCCACAGGCAAAGAGCUGGGCACGGACGGGGCACAGGGGACUGGGAGUACCACCUCUGGGACAGAACUCACCCCUAAACAAGAGCCCAUGAGCCCUAAGAAGAAGGACAACGCUUUGCUGCGUUACCUGCUGGAUAAAGAUGAUACUGUGCUGAAGGAUAAGGCCACUAAGCUGGAGCCUGGGGAGGUGAAAGUGGAGGGUAGUAAACACCCUCUGGUGAAAACAGAGAAAAUGGAUGCAGGAUAUGAGCGGGCGGAACAGACAUCAGAACUUGAUGACAUCCUGAAUGACCUGCAGAAUGCUCAGCCCCAGCUGUUCUGUGAGCCGCGGCCCGUCUCGUUACCCAGUGCCAUGGACAAACAGAACAUCAUCAACGACAUACUGCAGAUGUCAGAGACCAAUCCUGCCCUGGCCGCGCAGCAGCAACACAGGAGCAUAGGACCCGGCAUCGGCCCAGCAAACUUUGGUGUCCGACCAGGCCAACCAGGCAGGGGACUACCUGUGAGGAGCGUGUCCCUGGACAUGAAUGUGUCUCCUCAGCAACCUUCAUUACAGUACCCCAUGAGGGCCACAAGCCCUUAUACUCUCAUGCAACAGCAGCAGCAGCAACAAGGCAUAGUGGGAAAUCAUGGCAUGAUGUCCAACCAGGCUGGUAUGGUCAACACAGGACUCAUGGGUGCGGGUGGCCCACGGCCAGGUUUGCAGCAGCAAGAAGGCUGGGCUGGGUCAGCUUCAGCCCCCCCUCCAGGAGCUCCUGGCCCCGGGCAGCAGAGCACUAUGCAGGGUCGGAUGGGGCCCAAUGGAGCACCUAUGAGGCCCAACAGCCAGCCAGGGCCCCGGCAGAUUCUUCAGUCAUCAAUGAUGGCCAAUGCCCAACCAAGUAUGGACAUUGGUAUGGCAGGCCACCAGUUCUCCCAGCAGCAGGCCCCACCCAACCAGACAGCCCCGUGGCCAGACAGCAUGAUACCCAUCGACCAAACGGCUUUUGCGAAUCAGAGCAGACCAGUUUAUUCUGCACCCCAGGAAGAAUUGCUUUGCGGGCCAGGGGCUGGCUCUGGUGACGGCGUGGCAACAGAUGAGGGAGCCCUGCUGUCUCAACUGUACACCGUGUUGAAGGACUUUGAUGGCCUGGAGGAGAUUGAUCGUGCCCUGGGCAUCCCUGCUCUGGUAGGACAGGGUCAGACUGUGGAGCAAGAGCAGUUCCCACAAGACCCAGCCAUGAUGCUGGACCAGAAGCCACCUAUGUACGGCCAGCAGUUUGGUCCCCCGGCCACCCACAUGGCCCAGAGGGGCUACCCCGGUGCCCCCAUGCAGGACCCGACAUUCCACCCCAUGGCCAAUCAGAUGGGCCCGCGGCCAGGUUAUCCCAUCCUGAGGAUGCAGACCCGACCAGGGCUCCGGCCCACUGGAGUUGUCCCUAACCAGCCCAACACAUUACGGCUGCAGCUCCAGCACCGGCUACAGUCACAGCAGAACCGUCAGCCAAUGAUGAACCAGAUGAGCGGCGUCUCCAGUGUGAACCUACCUCUAAGAGCCAACGCUCCAAACCAGGGGACCAUCAAUGCUCAGAUGCUGGCCCAGCGACAGAGGGAGCUGCUGAGUAACCACCUGAGACAGAGACAACAGCAGCAGCAAGUCCAACAGGCCCAGCAGGUUCAGCAGCAGAGGAGCAUGGCCAUGAGAGCCCAGGGCCUCAACCUGCCUCCCAACAUGGCCACUGCUGCCACUGGAGGCAUCAGUAACCCUCGGAUCCCACAGGCCAACCCCCAGCAGUUCCCUUACCCGCCCAGCUACGGUACCAGUACAGGCCUGGCCUCGCCGCCCCCUUCUACCAGCCCCUUCUCCUCCCCUCUCUCCCCUAGCCUGCCUUCUCUCCCCCCCAACCCCCAGCUCCACCUGCAUGGCUCCUCCUCCUCCUCCUCUUCCUCCUCCUCCUCCCAGAUGAUGAUGGGAAACACAAACAUGAUGGGCGGACAGUACGGGGCCGUACUCAGCCCCCAAAUGCAGCACAGUGCCUUUCAGUUUCCCAACUCAGGUAUGAGCCAGCAGGCAGAAGGAGGUUUUGGAGGUCCUGGCACUCCCCAGAGCCCACUGCUCUCCCCUCGCAUGACCCACGCCCAGUCCCCCAUGAUGCAGCAGGGCCAGGGUAACACAUCCUUCCAGGGCUCUCCUGACAUGAACGGCUGGCCACAGGGCAACAUGGGAGGCAACAGUAUGUUUUCUCAGCAGCAGGCAUCGCCCCAGUUUACCCAGCAGAAUAACGGCAAUAUGUACAAUGGCAACGGUGGGAACCUCAACAAUGUCUCCAUGGCCGCCAACAUGGCACCCAGCAGCAUGAGCAGUAUGGGCCAGAUGGCUGUCACAUCCAUGGCUUCAGGGCCGUCGCCCGGCCUACCUACCAUGGGACAAGACCAGAAAUACUGUUGACCCGCGUGGGGCAUCCAGCCAGCACCUCGGCGAUCAGCCUGUUCAAGGAGUACGUCGGUCUCUGCUAACUUCUCGACUACCCAACCAACCGAUGGCACCUUGAAUCAGCCGGUUGACAUCCUGACCUGACCCCGCCUCCCUAGCCCACUCUUUGCCGCCUGUCCCGAACCGGGGCCUCUCUUUGCCUGAUCUG